AAACCGCCACUCCUCAGUUUUCUCCCUGCCUCGCUCGUAGGUCGGCGCGAUUUGAGUCGCUGCGGUGAUGGGUUAGUGAACUCUUUGUGCACAGGUAGAUCGGCUCGGACAUAUAUUUUUUCGACUUCUCUCAAGAGCGCGUGUUUCCUGCGUAACUGGGGUGGAGCUAUGUGGCUAAGCACUGGUAACCACUGAGUCGGCGUAGAUUUUAUCGUACCGGAAACACACCUCAUUGCGUCGUUCAGUUUCGUGUCCACUUUUUCUAUGUGCGUGCUUUCACACCAUACAGGCGCGCAGUAUUCUGCUGCAGAGUACACGAGGCUGAGCGCGGUAGUUCGGAGCACAUCGGCAGAUGCACCCCAUGAAGUGCCACUGAGUUUGUGCAAGAUGUUGUUACGUGUGGCUAGCUUGAGGGACGCUUUUGUAAUGUGCUCCUUGUAAGUCAGAGAUCUGUCCAAAGUGACACCGAGGUAUUUUGGGCUUUACUAACUAUUUAUAUAUACCUAACGGUUUUACUAACUAUUUAUAUAUACCUAAUCGAUUCGAUGUAGGUUGGACACACACUUCCGUCAGUAGAAAAAGGCGGCAAAUUUGAAAACUAGUUGCAAUCACAGAUCUACGAUGAGUAGAUGACGCUUAAAGAAUUAAAGAUAGUUAAAGUGUGCAAAACGCAUAUGCACAUACCAUGAGUGCGAAAGAGACAGACUACAAAUGAAAAAUCGUGACCAUUUUUGAGUUCGACAGUGGCGGCUAACGGCCGCCAUUUAUUAAUUUUUAAACACAUGUCCGGCAUCGUAACACCUUAAGUAUUUUAAUUAGAAAAUAUUAAUCUUAUCCACAUGGAAUCCAGGGCUAUAACCGCGAAAAUCGAAGUUCAUCAAUUGCGGGCGUUUUUCUCUGUCAAUCUUUUUACGUCUUAGUGAGAGUAAAAGAGAAAGAUCCCCGCAAUUUGUGAAUUACGGUUUUUGCGGUAUGCCCCCAGUUAAAUGAUGAUGAUGAAGGGUGAUUAGUAUGUGUAAGCGAGAACGAAUAUCCAAAGAAGUUACGGCGGACCACCUUUCUCACGAUCGAUCAUGGUGGCGGUCCGGUACGCCUAUCAGUAACAGCUUUUAGACUAAAUUAAGUAAGAUUUUGUGAAGCGUUUUACAGAAGAGAAUAAACUAUAUCCAUCCCUUUUCAGGGGCCAUAAUACUAGCACAGCAAAAAGACAAUAAGAUUCUCUCUGAUUAUGCACAAAUAAGAAAAGAUCUUGGCCAAACUAUAUAUUCCACGUUAUCCUAAUAUCCCAGAUACAUAUAACUCAUGGUCACCCUAAUUAGAAAGAGAUGCAACGGCCCACCUUGACUUCUCAUGUGGAUCACUUUUUGGCCAAUGUACUCUAUCCGGUUAAUCUUAUAAGUCUGUGUUCGGAGGUCACUUUUUUUUUCGUUCAACUUCAAAUCAAUUUCAGUACGGUAGUGCUAUUUAAAAAGUAUUGAUUAUGCUCUUUGGUAGUAUUAUUUAUUCUGUGGUUCAGGCUAAAGUGCCAAUUACAUCUACACUUGUAGACACCCUAGCCCAACCCUAGCCAUGCCUCCGAAACGUCUAAGUUGAAGUUGACAUUUUGACGUUGCCAAUAUUGACAUAAAUGAAUUUUAUCUUAGCAUACAUUUACAGCUUUAAAUCGUAUUUGUGUUAAUUUCGUAUGGAAUUGAAACAACACCCUAUUUGGAAAAGUUAGUGUCGCUAAAGAAUAUUUAGUCCGAAACGAGAUUUUAGUUCACGAUGGAGUCGUCAGCGUUACUGGGCGCAGAGAGUGUUUGCGUGAAGGCUGAGCCCUGUGAGGAUAUGUUUAUAGCAGAUGAGCCCGCGUUCGAGGUUCGAGUGUCUGUGAAAGUUGAGCCCUUGCUGGAUGAUGCGUCUAUAAAAGCCGAGCCUUCGUGUUCAGAUGUAUGUGUAAUAGACGAGUCGCUCGGCGUGAGCGCGGCGGCAGCGGCGGCGGGACUGUACACCGAUCACGCCGUCAAAGAUGAGCUCGUGCUCGGCCCCGUGCUAGUGGAGCGGCGCGGCGUGCGCCACGCACCAACAGGGCAAACUCCACAGAAGAAACCAAGCGGCAGACCCGAGACUUACCAAUGUCCCCACUGUACAUAUACAACAACCAGAAAAUUAUUAUUAAUUAGUCAUUUGAGGAAACAUAUCAAUGAAAAGCCUCACAAAUGUGACCAGUGUAGUUAUGCUAGUGUAUGUAAAGCUGCUUUGCAACGUCAUAUAAGGAUACAUACUGGAGAGAAGCCUUACAAAUGUGAUCAGUGUAAUUAUGUUACCGCCCAUUCAGGUCAUUUGCAUGUUCAUGUAAGAAAACACACUGGUGAAAAGCCUUACAAAUGUGAUCAGUGUAAUUAUGCUACCACCCAUACAGGUAACUUGCAAGUUCAUGUAAAGAUACACACUGGUGUAAAGCCUUACAAAUGUAGCCAGUGUAGUUACGCUAGUACCAAUAAAUAUAAUUUGCAAAUUCAUGUAAGGACACACACUGGUGAAAAGCCUUACAAAUGUGGCCAGUGUAAUUAUGCUACCGCCCAUACAGGUAAUUUGAAAAAUCAUGUAAAGAAACACACUGGUGUAAAGCCUUAUAAAUGUAGCCAGUGUAGUUUCGCUAGCAGCCGAAAAUAUAGUUUGAAACGUCAUGUUAGAAAACACACUGAAGAAAAGCCUUACAGUGGCCAGUGCAGUUAUGCUACUGCCUGCAAAUAGUGAACACCUCGACCUAUGACGAGCUUUAACAUAAACUAAAUUUGACGGCUGCAUCAGUGUCAGGGGGUGCUGGCAACCCCAGGCUAGGAAACACAAGUAUUCGGGGCUCUGCGAGUUUUUAGUCGAAAUUAAUUUGUAAAAGCCUAUAGAAAUCAGUGUUCGUGAAUAGAAUAGAAUAAUUUAUUCGCAAGAAUAUGUAUGUACAAAGGUGUCCUUAUAAAUAGUGAGUAACAAUAUUCAGCCAUUUGGCAUGCCAAUUUUAAGAAUGUGAUCUAUUCUACUGUUAUCUAGAAUAAAAUAAACAUGAGAACACAGAACAUAAACUUUAUUAUAUUUAUUGAGUAAUUACACGAAAUCAUUAGGUGGGAAUAUACACAUUAUUUAACAAACGGAAUUUACACACAUUCUAAGAUAUUUACAUAUUUUAAUAUGA